UGCUCAAGCUCCCUCAACCCCAUUUCCCUCAGUACACUUGCAGGCAAUGCGACCCCGGCCUCCCUAUGUCCAGGCACCGAAUACUCCAAAGCCUAUAACAGGAAUUCCAACGAAUCGCGUCCUAGCGCGGAUGAGAAGCAUGAGCGGAGACCACGAAACAGCACGUGAAAGGUAGUAUCCUCAUCAUGCAACAAACACGAUCGAUCAGAAACACAUAACAAAGUACGAGAUGGUAUACAAUCAACUAUGUAGUAAACAGAGUCUUCGACGGAGCAGGUUGCGGUACCAUCAACUCCUUCUUCACUUUCACCUUGAUAACUCCCGGUUACUCAGCCAUCGACGCAGGUAUUCGUGUCAACCUACCCAUGCGAUUUACUUGUACAGUCUACCAUGUGGUUGGUCUGGCAGAUUUACCACCUCGGAGGGCGGCAAGUGUUCGAAGGACAAGGAGAUCAUGUGUUUCGCAACAAGACCAGUCGAGACGUUUGAGGUUAUCGAUGAUCUUGUGGUGGACCGGGGACCCAGUCCGACCCGUGUCAGCUUGCUUGAAUCAUUUGGCAUCGACAAGUAUCUUCUUCAUCACCACAGAAUUCUCGCUCGAAGUUCCAGUGUCUCCACUCCCUAUACAUUAAGCCAAGCGUCGACGACUCCGUGAUCUGCCUCCGGUUUCAUGGCACAAGUCCCAAGCUACAGAUAUAAAGAUCAGAUAACCUCUCACCCCCGCUAGCAGUACAAGCAGGCGGCACUGCUACUAGCACUAGCACUGCUGCUCCUUUCCUCAACUGAUCGUUGAUAGCCGACUAUCAACACUCGUAUG